AUGGCGCGCCCGAGCUUUCACUUCGACACGACGCUCGACGACAAUGAAGAGGUCGACGACGGGAGCAUUUCGGUCGCCGCUCUCUCGGCCUUCUUGGCACCCACUAUGGAUUUCGGCACCCCCACGGGCAGCCCCGCCCAUAACGGCCAGGAAGCGUUGGGCGAUGAGCAGUUGGCGGCGCUGUCGCUCUCACCACCGUCGUCGCCAAUCACUGCCACCACCAAGCCCUUCCGGAAUGCAAAGGAAGAGCACGACUACCUCCUCGCACAGCGCGAGACGCUCAAAGUGCAGCUGCAAACACUCUUGGCGGCCGACGCUGCGAAUGGCGACCACCCGAACCCGUGGUUCAACCGCGCCCGCGACGAGAUUCGAGCGACGCGCCGCUCCCAGCACGAAAACGCACACUUAAAAGAGGCGAUCGAAGCACAGUUGAAGCAGAUUCGAAGACUCGAGCGUUCGGCGCGACGAAAGAAGAAGCUGCAACAUCCGAGCGCCUGA